UUUAUUUGUCGCGCUUUGCAUGGCGGGUUUCUGACACUUGCGUUACGUAGCGUAUGAUAACCUAUUAUUCAUCAUUUUAUUUCUCCCGUAAACGUGGUCAUAGUUUUUGGUCAUGAUCAGUCGAACUAAUUUCGGCGUUAAAAUUCAAAGCUGAGCGGAUUUUUAUAUAUGAAUGCUGUCGUGGAAAAGAGGAUGGUUCAUAAUCCGACUGAUGAUAUUGAUCUAAAAGUGUCAACACUUGAUCCAGAUAUACAAAUUGGAGAAGUAUAUAAAGUUUUACGAUCUACUGGUCAAUACUAUCCUGCCGCUGUAAUUGAAGGUCGUAUAGAUGGUAAUGGGAAUAAAGAAUAUUAUGUUCAUUAUUGCAAUCACGACCGUAGAUUAGAUGAAUGGGUUACAUCUGAACGAAUUGACUGUUCUGCAAAGCUUAAAAUUUCAUGCGAGUCGUCUCUUAACCAGUUAACAGAUUCUGCUGGGUGUGAUGUCCGAUUCACCAGAAAUCAGAAACGAAAGUUGGAAGAAACUUCCAAAGUUCUUCAAGAAAGUGACUCUUUAGACUCUACUACGCAAAAAUUGGAGCUUGAAUAUCAAGAAUUUACUCGAGUAAAAUUUAUUGAUCAGAUACAAUUUGGCAAGUACGAAAUUGACACAUGGUAUUUUUCACCUUAUCCCGAAGAAUUUAGACAAGUGAAAAAGUUAUGGAUAUGUGAAUAUUGUUUAAAAUAUAUGAAGUAUUCAGAAACAUGGUUAAACCAUAUAAAAUAUGAUUGUAAAGCAAAACGACCUCCUGGUAAAGAAAUAUACAAUCAUGGAAAUCUAUGCGUUUUUGAAUUAGAUGGCAAUAUACAAAAGCUUUACUGUCAAAAUCUAUGUUUGUUGGCCAAAUUGUUUCUAGAUCAUAAAACACUUUAUUAUAAUGUCUCACCAUUUAUAUUCUAUGUUCUAUGUGAGAUAGACAAUGAUGGAGUACACCUUGUUGGUUAUUUUUCCAAGGAAAAAGUAUCUGCUGAUAAUUAUAAUCUUGCAUGUAUCUUAACUUUACCACCAUUUCAACGUCGUGGAUAUGGUCAUUUCUUAAUUAGUCUCAGUUAUGAAUUAGCUAAAAUUGAACAAAUUGUUGGUACACCAGAGAAACCUCUCUCCGAUUUAGGUCGUUUAAGUUAUCGUAGUUAUUGGGAAAAGGUUAUAUUGAAUUUUCUAUUAGAAAAUCCUAAUUGUACAAUGAAUGAAUUAAGUUUUUUAAUUGAUACUAUACAUUCACUUGAUCCAAAUAAGAAGCAAACAAGGAAGUAAUAUUCCGAACAACCAAAACCACAGGACAUUCAGUAAUAAAAAGAUGGGUUUCGCAUAGUAUUCACAGAAGAAUCUUCCAUAUUCUUGAUUUACCCUGUCCACCAGCACUGAUGAAAAUGAACCAACCAAAAUAUCCAGAUCUGAGCAUGUAAUUGUGGAGUUUUUGUUCUCUCUUGUUUCACUAACCUUAUUAUGUGUUUUGAUAGAGUUAGUUAAUGAGAAACCAUGGAUCUAAGUUUUGUGCCAGUUGGCACUUGUCAGUUUGAAUUACGUGGAAUCUUGAGAGAAAUAGUGCUCCUUAUGGGAUUCAAACUUGUGUCAUUAUACCUACAGACUAAAUAACUUUUCUCUGCUCACGUGUUAUGAGGUAGAAAUAAAUAUUAAUUAAUUAAACUCUUCAGAUUUUUUGCACAACAUGAACCUGUUUCAUUUGAUAAACAGUUGAGAGAAUAUAAGGAAGCACUUAGGAGAUGUUUCAUGCUAGUCUCAUACUCUUCAGCAUUGGUAUUCGAUCAGAGAUCUUCCCUAGGUUUGGCGGCGGAGAGAUAAUCUUUAGAUCAUCGCGUCACAAUCUAAUGAUUCCAGCUUCCAAGUGUAGUUAGUUAGAUUUCUACACACCUUUUUGUAGGCUACGUUCCGGAGUGUGCACACCCAAAUUUUCCACCAACGAUCGUCCUCAUACUAAGACGAGACAGCUGUUUGAUGAAUAACACCUAGUUUUUAUUGAUAAUCACUUUCUGAUCCAAUCCCACUAAACCUAUUUUGGUUUAGUUAAACGGUUAGUAUCAUUAGCUCUCACACUUAGAUUGUGGCUCUUAUUCAAGUCUCUGACGAGUGAACCUGUUUUAUAUUAUUGCGAAUCAUUCUCAUAAAACAGCUAGCCAAUACUCUUUAGCUUUCAAUGAAUUGUUACCUUAAAUGAAACCAGUCUAUGUUAAAAUACAAUCCAUUAGUCACAAACUUUCUUUAUGUAAACAUUUGCUAUCAGUUCUUAUUUCAUAUGUUCAUUUUACAUUUUAGUACAAAAACAUGUAUUGCCAU